UAUGCCGAUUUUAUUGGAGCUACAUCAUUUGUCAAUAUGUUAACCACGCAAGAAUAAGCCUGUAUUAAUAAUAAAUAAUAAUAAUACAUUUAUUUAUAAAGCGCUUUAAAUCAAAGUGCUGUACAAAGCAAUACAGUUAAAUACAGGGAAAACAUACAGAGAAAAACAGCAACAACCAUGACUUUAUAUUUAUUAAUUAAAUAGCAUCAGUGGCCAUUUACAAACUUAAAAGACGUCCGGGGUCUUGAAAAAUACUGAAAGUAGCCAACAGGUAGACCCACUAGUCUUUUUUUUAUUAAUGCAGGGGUAGGCUGUUAAAUUGUAUCUUAUGACGGACAAACACUAUUUAUGUUAUCCCCUCUUUCAUUGACUGGUUUUACAGCCUGUUACUGUGAAUGAAAUAUUGAGUGUGAUAACCAGCUGCUGUAGUUCCCGCUCAAAGACGACAGCAGUAGGCUAAUGAGUGGAUGUGAAAUGUGACGUCGCCUACGUAAUGCAGUUUGGUUGCGACCGACCUGUAGGGUCCACACCUCGUCUCCGAAAUCCGACCUGACCUUGACACAAACCCUGGGAGUUUUUCGAGCGGAGGGAGGGCGAUGUAGCCACAGGGGGGAGGCGGGAGAGGACCGAGGAGGAGGAGGAGGAGAGAGGUGAGUGGACGCAGUUAUGCCAACAAGCCGAUUAUUGAAGGCUACUGAGCCCUGGCUGUCAAUGUCCGUCCGUCCUGCAUGGUCAACCAGACACGGAGAGCAGAGGAACACUGAACCUGAAGUUUUUAUUUCUGCAUCAAGUAGACUUCGUUCAUCACAGGACACACAGGAAAGUACUUUUUUUUUUUUUAAAGAGUCUUCAACUUUUUGGGGUUUACAUUGAGGAUACUCGUGCGUGGAGAAAACAUUGUUUUCAGAAGAUUUUGAGACUUGCAAUGAUACCAAAGAGGGCAAAAGGUACUUUUUUCAUUGCAGUGGUGUCACAUUUUGUUUAUAGACUGUCUGGAGUCACACAGUGUUAUCAACAUGCCUAACAGUGUGUCAGGAUAGCAAAAAGUAUAGGCUACUUCUGUCAUUGGUAGCCUACAUGUUAUUGCUGCUACACAGCAUUUCAUUUAGUAUCAUGCCUACAGGCUUAUCAGUAGAUGUAUUUCUUUUAAAACAGAAGUCAACAUCAGCAAUGCAUUAAAUGGCAAUGGUAGCUACUGGAAACGUUGUCUGCCAGUGAACUUUAGGAUCAGGACCCUAACAGCCAAGAAACAAGGGACAGUAAAUCCUUCGUUCUGAAGUGCAAGGUGUAAAAAUGACAAGUCCCACUAGGAGUGUUAAAGACCAGAAACGCUUCAGCGACAGCCCGACCCACAAGUCAGAGACAUCCAGGUACCGCAGUUGGAGCAACUGGAGCUUCUCAAGAUGGAGAAGCGGCUCCCAGAGGACGAGCCCCCCUGGUACCCCCUCCCCAAAAGCAGACAAGAAAAGCGAUGUGAGCAAAACGCUCUUCUCCUUGGUCAAGACUCACAAUGACGACUACACGGCCGAUCCUGAUGGCCUGCUGAACACCAACGAUGAGCCUGAUGGAGGCGGCGAUGAUGACAUGGCGGAGGACCAGUCCACCUACUUCCAGAGGCACUUUGGAUCAUUGCUGCAACCCGGGGUCAACAAGUUCUCCUUGCGCAUGUUUGGCAGUCAUAAGGGUGUUGCUGCUGAGCAGGCCAGGGUCAAGAGCUUUGGAGUGUGUAUCAUCCACCCUUACAGUGACUUCAGGUUUUACUGGGACAUUGUGAUGCUCCUGCUAAUGAUGAGUAAUCUGGUCAUCUUGCCAUGGGGGAUCACUUUCUUUGAGGACCAGAACACCUGGCCUUGGAUUACCUUUAACGUCCUGUCUGACACUCUAUUUCUCAUGGAUCUGGUUCUCAAUUUCCGCACGGGAAUCCCGGGAGAGGACAGCCACAUCAUCCUGGACCCAAACGAGAUCCGCAAGCAUUACCUCCGCACCUGGUUCCUGGUGGACUUUAUCUCCUCCAUUCCCGUUGACUACAUCUUCCUCAUCGUUGACCUGGAAGCCCGGCAGGAGUCGUCUGACGUGUACCGCACUGCCCGCGCCCUCCGCAUCGUGCGCUUCACCAAAAUCCUCAGUUUGCUCCGUCUUUUGCGACUGUCCCGCCUCAUCCGCUACAUCCACCAGUGGGAAGAGAUUUUUCACAUGACCUACGAUCUGGCCAGUGCUGUCGUGCGUAUAGUGAACUUGAUCGGCAUGAUGCUGCUGUUGUGCCACUGGGACGGCUGUCUGACCUUCAUGGUGCCUAUGCUGCAAGACUUCCCCCCAGACUGCUGGGUAUCCAAAAACAAUAUGGUGAACGAUACAUGGCACAUCCAGUACUCCUACGCCCUCUUUAUGGCUAUGAGUCACAUGCUGUGUAUAGGGUACGGAGCCCACCCGCCAGAGGGCAUGACGGAUGUUUGGCUCACCAUGAUCAGCAUGGUGGUGGGGGCCACCUGCUACGCCAUGUUCCUUGGUCAUGCCACUACCCUGGUGCAGUCUUUAGACGCAUCACACCGGCAGUAUCAAGAGAAGUAUAAGCAAGUGGAGCAGUACAUGUCGUUCCAUAAACUGCCAGCGGACGUGAGGCAGAGGAUCCACGAUUAUUAUGAGCAGCGAUUCCAGGGGAAGAUGUUCGACGAGGACAGCAUCCUCGGAGAGCUCAGUGAUCCUCUCAAGGAGGAGAUCGUCAGCUUUAACUGCCGUGGUCUGGUAGCCAACAUGCCGCUGUUCGCCAACACCGAUCCUCAUUUUGUAACAGUGAUCCUGACCAAGCUGCGUUUCGAGGUUUUUCAACCCGGGGACUUGAUAAUACGAGAAGGCACGCUCGGUCGGAAAAUGUAUUUCAUCCAGCAUGGCGCCGUUACCGUCAUCCCUCGUGGCAACAGGGAGAUAACACUCAACGAUGGAGCAUAUUUUGGGGAGAUCUGCUUGCUGACCCAAGGACGACGGACAGCCACCGUGAAGGCUGACACCUACUGCCGCCUUUACUCCCUGAGCGUGGACAGUUUCAACGAGGUCCUGGAGGAGCAUCCUCUCAUGAGGCAAGCCUUUGAGAGUGUGGCUGUGGACAGACUGGGCCGAGGCACUCGCAAAUCCAGUCAUCAGUCUCAAGCCGAUGAGUGACCUCAUCAGAACCCACAGAGACAAACUCCAGACAGAUAUAUGGAGACUAUUUUCUACAAUUUGACUAAACGUGACCAUUUGAAGAAACCUUGAAUGUGAAUGUCACAUAUUGCUGGACAACCUGAUAGCACAUUAUGAGCACAUUAUUGCUGCACCUUGCUAGAAAUAGUGUUCCCUCAGUUCAGUUCUCUUUUAUUUUAAACUUAAUAAGCAAUCUGAUCUUCGUACGCUGUAAAUAUAAGUUCUGUUUUCUAAUGAACAAAUGGUUACCCCCCCACAACACACACAUACACACCACACAAAGUUUUCUGGUUUCCUGUAAAUGUAAGCAUCUUAAAUUGUUGGCUAUUCAUUUGCUUUUCAUCGAUGGCAGCUCAAGCUGAUUUGUACCUGCCUCUAAGCUUUCUGAUGCUACAGUUUUACCAUCCAUCACAUCAUCCAUAAGAGAUAUUAGAAGCCCAAAGUAGCACCAGCUGGUCAAUUUAUCACACAGCUGCGUGUAUGUAACUCUGCUUUAAAGGAUCCCUCAGGUCUAUAGGUCGAAUCAAACAAGGCUUUAACUCCAAUUUUCCCUGAUGAUAAGUUGCUGUGAUGUAUUAACUCACAGUGACAGAUUGUAAACAGUUAUUCAUGAAUUUGAAUUGAGAAAUGUAACUAUACUCCCACGUGGAGGUCUUUACAAUUAAGGAUACAAUAUUACAAGGUGUGAUUCUUUCCCCACACAUCUUUAUUUUUUAAUUGCACAUCAACCUAUUUUAACUUCUUUGUUUAUUUACAUUUAUUUUGCUUUUUAAAAUGUUAAUGAUAGUAAACCUUUAGUACGUUAAUAAACAGAUAUAAAGGAAUUAUUUACUGUAUUAAAAUCAAUCCCCUAUGGUUCACUUGAUUUGAUGUGAUUUUCCUGCUAUAAUGUCAUCUUUUUGGCAUUGAUACGUCCAAUAAUUAGAGUCACUGCUUAUUUUCUGCUUCAAAACAGGAUCUGAAAGGAGAUAACACUAAUAAGCUGAAUACCUGAUUGUUUGGUAAUAAAUAGAGAUACUGACUUUUAUAACAUUAUGUUUAAUCUUUAAGUCACCUACUCUUAUACAUUGAUUCCUUUGGUCAAAAUAUCGAUAUAUACCAUGUUUGUUUUUUAUUUUUGUAAAAUUAAGAGUAGAAAAAAGCCUGGUCUUACAACACCUCAUUUUACAGCAAUAUUUCUCUUUUAACAGAUGUUUGUUUUAUUUUAAACAGUGCUUACCCUAUCCUUUUUCAUUAUUUCAUUAUUUGAAUAUUCUGCUGAACAAUCGUCCUACUGCUAAUGCCAUGUAAAUAUAGAUAAUUCUGCCCUUUAAACAUAAAUAUGAAAAGAUAAUUUUUGCCUAUGUGUAUUUUUGUGUGUUUUACAAGGUCCUUGUUUUAUAUGUGUUUGAUGAGAAACCUACGCUGGUGAUUUUGUC